AUGUCGUCCAUCGUCAAUGCCCUCUCCGACGUCGUCUCCUCACUCGUUGAGCUUGUCUGGUCCUUCUUCACCACCGCCGGCAAUCUGAUCCAGAACACCGCCCAGUUCGCGCUCAAGUUCGUCACCGAGAUCCUCGACCUCGUUGUCAGCUUCUUCAGGGGUCUUGUUGACCUGGCUGGCGGUCUCGUGAGCUUCGUCCUCGGCAACGUCCUCAUUCUCGGAGUCGUGGCUGCCGCCGUCUUCGCCUUCUUGCAGUAUCAGCGCAGUCAGGGCAGGACCGUCGCGGUCGGAAACAAGAAGCUGAACUAG